ACUUUUAAUAUUACAAACACUAUGAAUACUUAUUUUACCAAAUUAGCUUGAAGUGUUUUGUUUAAUGUACUAGAUUUUUGCUUAAUUGAUUCUCUAAGUAAAUUUAUCUUUAUUUAUGAGAUACUAUACCCUACCUAAAGAUAAACUUGUUGAUAUGAAAAGAACCCAUUAAAAUAUUUUAUUAUUACCUACAUCUUAUGAAGCGUGUUUUAAAUGCAUCACAAUGAAGAUUAUUAGUUUGUUUUUGGUUGCUUGUAUUACUAUAGUAUAUUCAGAAGUUUGUACAGUAUCAGAAUUCGGUGAAGUUCAAAAUGCAGUCCAAACUUGCAAGGAUAUCAUCUUAGACAACCUGUUUGUUCCUGGUGGUGAAGCUUUGAAGCUUCCGCUCCAAGAUGGCACAAGGGUCACUUUCAGAGGAAACACUACGUUUGGUCAUGCAGUUUGGACAGGUCCCUUGGUUGAGAUCAACGGUACUAACAUUCAAUUUGAGGGAGAAGACGGAGCUAUCAUAGACGGUCAAGGUCAACUAUACUGGGAUGGCAAAGGAGGCUGGGGAGAUGUUAAGCCUUCAUUUUUUACAGUUCAACUUCAUAACUCGUCAAUGAAGAAUAUUAAUGUUUUGAAUACGCCAAAGGAUUGCGUUUUGCUCACUGACUCAACCAAUGUAGAGCUAAGUAAUUGGACUAUAGAUGAUUCUGCUGGAGAUCAGGAUAAGGCUCCUGGGAAAUAUGGUCAUAAUACAGACGGAUUUGAUGUCUUUAAUUCUACCGAUGUAAUUAUUAGAGAUGCUGUUGUUUAUAACCAGGAUGACUGUGUAGCUGUACGUAGUGGAAAUAACAUCACUAUCGAAAAUUUCUACUGUCACGGUGGACAUGGACUCAGCAUCUCAGCAGGUUGGAGCAACGAUUCGUUUUUCCUUAAUACGCUGACAAACGUAAAGUUUAGAAAUUCUUUACUGGAAGAAGGCCAAAACGCUAUACAUAUAAAAACUCACAUUGAUGCAGGAAAGGGACUAAUGGAAAAUAUUACUUAUGAAAAUAUCACUUUCAGCGGAAUGAUUAAUAAUGGAAUAAAUAUUCAGCAGAACUACAAAAAUAUACCGCCAAAUUCCACUAUGCCCAGCGUGCCUGACAAUAACAUACCAAUCAAGAAUUUGGAACUAAAAAAUAUCCAUGGAUCGGUGAAGUCUAGUGCCUAUCCAGUGUAUAUCCUCUGCGCCGAUGAAGGAUGCUUUAACUGGAAUUUUUUUAAUGUGUCUGUGGAAGGAACUAAGACUAGUAGCUGUAAUUAUUCACCUAGUAAUUUCACAUGUUAAAUAAAAAAAAUAAUUAUUCUA